UAAUUCUAUGGCGCUACAUUUCAAAUUAUACUGUCAGCAGUAUACAGCUGUUGUAAUUGACAUGACACUGACUGAUUUAACUAUUCGACAGGACAUCGCCCCAUUACAGGCUGACUAUAGGGUUUUUUCUGAACUUCGGAACUUGUUGACUUGUCUGACGUCCUAAAUAGUAAGGGGCGGAUCUGCUUGGGAGAAACGCAGUGAAAGAGUUUUGUAACAACGAUGGCGGGUUUCGGAUUGUUGAAGCUCUGUGGUAAACAGCCACUGAUAAUGGUUGUAGGGGGCAGUAGAGUGGGCUUCCUUACUUCGAAUAUUGGAGGGUCAGUCCCAGGACGGUACCAGCGCACUUUCUGCAGCGGCAGUAGGACCACAUUUAAUGAACCGCCAAGUGCUGAGUGGUUCGCUCGUCCCGCAGGCAUCUGUUCCAUGUUAAAGCUACCCGUGCGGGAAUCAGCGCGAGGACUGGAUGCAGCCUUCGUCGGGAUCCCGCUGGACAUUGGCACCUCCAACCGACCGGGAGCCAGAUUUGGGCCUCGUCAUAUCCGAGCAGAGUCUGUGAUGUUAAGGGCAUACAAUUCCAGUACACGUGCUGCACCGUAUAAAUCAAUGAUGAUUGCUGAUAUUGGAGAUGUCAAUGUGAAUCUCUAUGAUCUAAAAGACAGCUGUAGAAGGAUACGAGAUGCAUACCAGAAGAUAAUGUCAGAGAACUGUAUUCCAUUGACAUUAGGGGGAGAUCAUACAAUAGCUUAUCCGAUACUGCAGGCUGUUGCUGAAAAGCACGGCCCAGUAGGAUUGGUACAUGUAGAUGCUCACUCUGAUACUGGUGAUGUAGGACUGGGAGAAAAAAUUACUCACGGAACCCCUUUCCGGCGCUGUGUGGAGGAAGGACUCUUGGACUGUAAGAGAGUAUUACAGAUUGGUCUUCGAGGUUCAUCUUACUCACCAGAUGCUUAUCAAUUCAGCAAAGAAACGGGUUUUCGUGUGGUUCCUGCAGAAGAUUGUUGGUUUAAGUCACUAGCUCCACUGAUGUCAGAUGUCAGAAAGCAGAUGGGUGAUGGUCCUGUUUACAUCAGUUUUGAUAUUGACGGCCUAGAUCCUGCAUUUGCACCUGGCACAGGAACACCUGAGAUUGCAGGCCUUACCACAAGCCAGGGUCUUGAAAUUAUUCGUGGUUGCCAAGGGAUGAAUAUUGUUGGCUGUGAUCUUGUGGAGGUUGCACCAAUGUAUGACAUUUCUGGAAACACUGCACUGACUGCUGCCAACCUGUUAUUUGAAAUGCUGUGUGUUCUGCCUAAAGUGAAAUUCUUGUAAUGAAUUAGACACCAGAUUCAACUGCUGUGCAUCUCUUUUAGAAACUGUAAUAAUUGGUACAUCACCACAGCAGUGCAGUAUGUCCGUCUACUAAUCAGUAUUAACUGCUCUGAAGCUCAGAGUCGAACAUGCAGCACUGUUGAAAAUAAAUCCCAGUGAUUCAUCAGAAAAGUUGACUAAAUUCUUUAUACAAGGUUGACACUGUGACAUAAAAGGAUGAAGCCAUGACUUCAGCUCAAGGGUCACUAACUGAAUCGGGGUUGGAGAAGCCCACUGAAAUGGGAGGAAUGAGAAGAUGCAUGCCUGUUUGCUGUCCUUAACAAGGGGGAUGUUAGACAUGCCAGGUACAUCUGUUUUUACAGUGGUUCCUGGAGACUGGGAUUUGUCUGCAUUAAUGAGCAGAAGGAGUGGGAAAAGCAGUUAGGAGUUUGCCAUCACAGAGGUGGAGGUGACCUCCUAGCACUGCCUAUGUACACACACAUGAAGCCUUCUGUAGCAUUCAAGGGCAGAGUUUAGAGCAUAACUUAAAGUACCCUUUGAGUAGCAUUAGUGUCACUGCACCAGGGACUGUCAUCUCCUCUGCAUCUCCCAGAACCCAUACUCACUGCUACAGGUCAGCUGGUGUCCUCUUUUCCCAGGGGGAGGGUGUUGUAAACCACAUUACAGAGAACCAAAAUGGAGGGGCACUGGUUGGCAGCUAGCAGUCCCUCUGCCACAGGCCAAAAAUAAUGAUGAUUAUGAUAAAUUCUUUAUGCACUUACAUAUCUCUGCAGAAAGUGAGAAACCAGACUUUUAUGGCAUACUCUCAGGCCUAUUAUAUCAAUGCCUUGUAAACUUCUUUUAAUGGGAGGCACCUGACAUUUUACAGAAACAUCAAUUUGAUGGCAGAUAUGGAACACUUCUUCCCUUUUCUGCGCAUUACACUAUUUUCUAAAUAAACUAUAGGUACUACUUAGAGACCUGGUCGUGAAUUUUGUGCUAACCUUUAUUUUUCAGUGAUGUUUGUCCAUAAAAUUCCUGUUUAAUGUUUCAGUUCUUGUUUUAUAGCUUCAUUUUUAAUAAAAAGUAGUGCUUGUU